UUUCUUCCUCUUUUUUGACUUUUGGUUUCAGAAUUUUGAUGAGAAGGAUUGGAAUCAGUUUUACAGUGAUGUGUUAGGGAGACCCACUACAUUAUGUGAAACUAUGGGAAAAGCUGAAAUGUGGCUGAUUCGAACAUACUGGGAUUUUGAAUUUCCUCGUCCAUACUUGCCAAAUUUUGAGUUUGUUGGAGGACUACACUGUAAGCCUGCCAAGCCUCUUCCUGAGGAAAUGGAAAAAUUUGUCCAGAGCUCUGGGGAACAUGGUAUUGUGGUAUUUUCUCUUGGGUCAAUGGUCAAAAACCUAACUGAGGAAAAGAGUAACCUCAUUGCUGCAGCUCUUGCCCAGAUUCCACAGAAGGUUGUAUGGCGAUACAAAGGAAAGAAGCCGGCCACAUUAGGUGCAAAUACCAGAACCUAUGACUGGAUUCCCCAGAAUGAUCUUCUUGGUCACCCCAAAACCAAGGCUUUUAUCACUCAUGGUGGAACCAAUGGAAUCUAUGAAGCUAUCUAUCAUGGAAUUCCCAUGAUAGGUGUGCCCAUGUUUGCUGAUCAGCCUGAUAACAUUGCUCACCUGAAGGCUAAGGGAGCAGCUGUUGAAGUAGACUUUCAUGAAAUGACAACUGCAGAUAUGCUUAAUGCUUUGAAGACAGUCAUCAACAACCCCUCAUACAAAGAGAAUGCUAUGAGAUUAUCAAGAAUUCACCAUGACCAACCUGUGAAACCCCUAGACCGAGCUGUCUUCUGGAUAGAGUUUGUGAUGCGUCACAAAGGUGCUAAGCACCUUAGACCUGCUGCCCAUGACCUUACCUGGUACCAAUACCAUUCCUUGGAUGUGAUUGGCUUCCUACUUGCCUGUGUGGCAACUGUUGUCUUCAUAGUCACCAAAUCCUGCUUGUUUUGCUGCAGGAAGUUGGGUAAAAAAGGAAAGAAACAAAAGAGGGCAUAAUCUCCUCUGAUACCUAAGGCUAAGGAUGGGGGAUUGAAGAGGUGAGGAAGGAGCCUGAAAGAUCUCUACCUUAGUAUCAUUUAGUCUAGCUGCUAUGAGAUUUGAAACAAACUCCUCCUUUUCCCAAUUCAACAAUAUUUAUAUAACUAUUAUUAUGUGCAAAAAUAUUGUAGAUAAGUGCUGAAGAAGAUGAAAAGAUAAAUAAGAUAGUCCUUGUCCUUGAUGAGUUUACAACCAAUUUAGAAAGGUAAGACUUGCACACAAAUAAUCAGAGUGGUGCUCGUAAUACAAUAACAGACAUACCAAAAGAAGCACUUUAAGAGUUUCUUAUUUUCAUUCUCUAGUUUAUGAUAUUAAAGAUUUUCCCAGGUAGAUUAGGAAAAAAACAUUGAGGUACAGGAGAAAAAACAGUAGUACCUGUUAAAAAAAAAAGAUUGCUAAAGGAUUUCUCCCACAUUUCAUCUUGACUCGUAACACCUAAAUAUAGAGCAAAGUAAACUGCUUUGACUUAUAAGAACGAGAAUCACACAGAAUGCUUUUCUUUUCUCAGGAAGAGAGAUUGUCUCCACUACACUAAUGGGAAAAGUGGGGAUAUCUUAGAGUAGAGGAAACUAUAAAGGAAUACAGGAGGAAAAGUUAUUGUUCAUUAGCAGUAUAAAACAAAAUAGUAACAAAAUAAAAAUCUUAUGAGUACCAUGCAUUCAUUUUUUAAAAAAUCAUUUGUAUUGAUCAAUUCUUAGACCAUAAUCAAAGUAAUAAACCCCCAUGGGGAAGCACUAUAUUUAGUUCUCUAGAAAUUAAGCCAUUACUGUCCUAUCUAAACAAGAGUAUUAGGGUUUAGUGUUCUGUAAACCCUGCUUCUUAAAAAUAAUGAGGUUUACUAAAAUUCUAACUUGAUAAUGUUUGUAGCUAAGUUAAAUCUUUUAAAUUUUCUUCUAAUUUUAAAAAAGUUAAAGAUGAACAUGGUCCAAGGCGUUUUAUCUCAUUGUAGAUUUCUAAACAUCAUUUAGAUCAUACCUGACCAGGACUAUUUUUUUGAGUCUUAAACUUUCUACUUAUGGACAGAUAUUUACACAAUGCUCCUUAAAUCGUCUAUCAAUGUGCUAAUUAUGUUAAUUAAUCUUUAUGUGUUUCUAAGUCUUGGGACAAAAGUAUAUAUAUUGCUGCUGGAAUUCUUACCAUUGUAAUUAUCUAUGUCUGCCUAUUAGGAGUUUAAGAUCUACACGAUACAUUUUCAGAGAACAAGUGCCCUCUACUGGCUUAGUUAAAAACUGUAAAUUCCUACACAACUUUGAAGUUCAUUUUUCAACAGCAUACUUACAAUUCAUAUGAUUGUGGCACUGUUAAUGUUACUUCUUGAACUUGACUGAAAAUAGCAAUAUAUGACUACAAAUCCUUUGUAUGCUAAUUUUAGGUUAAUAUGCAAAUAAGCACUACAAAUUCCUUUCCCAAAGAUUUUUAAAUUAAAAAAAAAAUUGCUAUGGUG